GCCAUUGUUGACGAGAGUGGACUCACGUUCAACUUCAACACUGUAACGCAAAGGAUGAAGCAUCUCCAACCAAGGCGUGUGUCAGUUCUGCUCUGUGUUCUCCUCUGCGCUCUUCACCGACUGACCUCCAGUACCAAACUGAAUGGGUCUUUAAUUGAGAGCCAGAUUUGUUCUGGUUGCGAAGAGGAUUUUGAGGAGGUCACUGCAAAGACCUGGCACAUGGAGGAAAAUGAUGUGGACACAGGUGCUGAGGCUCCUGUCAGAGCUCCAUAUCCUGCGGAUGUGUUUUCUGUGGAGGAGCGCAGGCGUGGCUGGGUGCUGCUGCAUGUGAUGGGGAUGCUCUACAUGUUUGUCUCCCUGGCAUUUGUGAGCCAUGAAUUCUUCAUCCCUGCGCUGGGUGUGGUCACUGAGAAACUGUCCAUAUCUGAUGACGUGGCUGGAGCUACCGUCAUGGCAGCUGGAAGAUCUGCCCCGAAGCUUUUCACCUCACUCAUCGCGGUCUUUAUCAAUAAGGGCGUCGUGGGCUUCGGCAAGGUUGUCGGGUCUUCGGUCUACAACAUCCUGUUCAUAGUCGGAGUGUGCGGUUUGUUGUCGCACAACCCGCCUCGCCUGGCGUGGUGGCCAAUGAUGAGAGACAUGACCUUCUUUACACUCAACCUCAUUUUACUCCUCCUCUUCUUUUUGGAUAAUGUCAUAGUGUGGUGGGAGAGUUUGCUUCUGGUUCUCAGCUACAUCUCAUAUUUGGUCUCUAUGAAGUGCAACAGUCAAAUAGAGCAGGCUUUGAGAUGCAAAGCAGGUCCUCUGGAACGUUUACAGAAUAAUAUUGUUGCAGAAUUUGAAGGAGAAUUGCAAAAUACUGGCAUGAUUGAUGAGAAAAAGACUGUCUGCAAUCAUGAAGAAAAAGAGGAGAGAAAGGAGGAGUGGCUUUCUUUAAAGUGGCCAGGGACACCUCGUAAACAGGUCAUCUACCUUUUGCUCCUACCUGUGAGCUUCCCUUUAUGGCUGACCGUCCCCGAUGUCCAUAGUCAGAAAUCAAGAAAGUUCUUUGCUGCCACCUUCCUGGGCUCCAUUAUUUGGAUCACUGUCUUCUCCUACUUCCUGGUCUGGUGGUCUCACACGGUGGGUGAGACUUUCGCCAUCCCACCAGAGAUCAUGGCUCUGACCGUCCUGGCUCUUGGGACGUCAGUUCCUGAUGUUGUCACCAGUGUGAUCGUGGCCCGUCGAGGCUGUGGAGACAUGGUCGUGUCCGGCUCUGUCGGCAAUAACAUCUUCAAUGUCGCAGUGGGUCUUCCUCUUCCAUGUCUGCUCUACUCUGCCUCUCAUGGACUCACACCAGCGACCGUCAGCACUGCUGGACUCUUGUGCGCUGUUGCGUUACUCAUCCUUGUGCUUGUGUUGUUCGUUGCCGCUGUCCUGUGCUGUAAAUGGAAGUUGUGUAAGCCACUAGGGGCCAUUCUGCUUCUGCUGUACUUGAUGUUUGUUGGGAUCUGUGUGGCUCUGGACUACGAGGUCAUUGCCUGUCCACUUUAAUCUCAGGCAGAAAUUGUUAUCGAACAUUUGGUGAUGCUCUCACCGCUGAUCUUUAUUGUAAAUAAUGAAUG